ACUGUGAUAAAUUAUUUUUUUUCAUGACACAUUGAUCAGUCAAAUAAUUUUUUUUAACAAAGUUUUUUACUAAGCUAUUAUUCAUUACAAAGUUCGAAUAAUACGAUUAAUUGAUAUAUUUGAGAAAUUGGAUAAUAAAUUAGUAAGACGCAACUUGUAAGUUACAACAGUGUAAGUGUUAUACUUAUUAUGUCUCAAAGAAGUAAAGUAAUACAAAUGUAUAAAACGCUUUUGUAUAUGGGACGUGAUUAUCCAAAAGGUUAUGAAUAUUUCAGAGUGAGAUUGAGAAGAGCUUUUAAUAAGAAUAAAGAAGAACGUAAUCCUGAGCAAAUAGAUAAAAUGAUAGCACAUUGUAAUUUUGUUAUUAAAGAAUUGGAAGCUUUGUAUAUGCUACGCAAGUAUAGAGCAUUAAAAAAUAGAUAUUAUAAUCAACCCUAACCUAAAUUAAAACUAUUAUAAAUAUCAUUGUAUACUAUAUUAU